CUUCUUAAGCUACUUUCAACAGAAGUUAGUAAUUAAGCUACUUCCUCACUUUCCUCUCUCUUACCUUAUCAAUAAAGCCAUGAAGAAGAUCCCAUGCCCCCUUGUGUUAAGCUAAACCUGGUCUAUUGUCUGAAUAACAGAGCUCUCUCCCACUCUCUUGUCUUACAUAAAAAAGAAGUGUAUUUGUUCUGCUCUAUCUAUGGCAUAUAUCCCACCACACAUGCGGAAAAGCAAAGGGGUUCAGUCUCCGACAGCUGUGAUGCUAGUUCCUAGAUUCCAGAAGAAUCUUAAUCUCGGAUCAAAACCCAGCAUGGACAAGAGCGGCAAGAUUGUUUGUGCAGACACUGCGAUAUGGAGAUGGUUUGCUGUUGGCUUGGAUGGCAAUGAAACAGAGGGCCCACCUCCCGUUCUUCUUCAGCGAGUACCCGUGGAGGUGAUUGAACGGAUAAAUGGAGAGAAGCCUCUGGCGCUAGUUAGAAGUAGCCGUCUCAGUGAGGGGCAGAGGACUCUGGAUAGUUCAGACAAGCCAUGGACUUACCUUAUUGAAAAGAUCCUGCCGGACUUAAUUUCUUCUUCUAAAUUCAUGAGGGGCCAAAUGGAAGCAGAAGGCUGGAACUCGAAGGACGUAAAGCCAAAACUUGUCGCGAGAGUUGGAAAAAUCCUUUUUAUCCCGAGGAGGCCUUCCAAUUGGGAGGAAGAUCUGAAUAAAGAUUCAAUCAACGAAGCCACCUUGAAGCAGUUGAAGAGAUUCUUCUACACCAAUAUCCCUGCUUCGUAUAUGAAGGGCAUUGUGGAUGAAGUUUUUCUGCAGAUUGGAGUCAAAUUCGAAGAUCUAAAGGAUGUAUACAGUGUAAAGUUGUCCGACAAAUCUCGACCUGAAGCAACUAUCUCAUGCAAAUGCAGAGUCAUGAAAGAAGAGAAUCGGCUUGAACUCUAUAAGGUUGAGUUAAACAAAAUCCGCCACAUGGUGCAUGACAUCUCAUGCAUUGAGAAAAAUCUCGACCUAAGGCUCAUGCUCUCCACCAAGCAAACCUUAACAUCUCUUCGUGAUGAUGAGGAGGAGAGCAUCAAGGCUUUGAUUGCUUCGGUGAUAUUAGACCCAACUUCAAAGGGAGGUCUGAGAUGGCCAUUUGGUAAGGCCUCAUCCCCUGGGGAUAGAUACAGAGUCAUUGGCGUGUGCCAUACGGUUUCACGAAUUUAUGUGAGCCCUUUGAUGAGACUUAAGGUCCGAGAUGUAGAUUGGUUUGACUUCAAGACAUCAGUAGGGGAAACCAAGGAGGAGAUCACACUCAUGUUGAAGGGAAUCGCUUCAGAGUUACUGGGAAAGAAGCUCGACAUCAAUUCGGUAUCUGAUAUGCUCAGGAACGUAUUGAAGCUGCUGUGGGAGCAUUUUUUGCAUGUCCAGGCAGUUCACAAUGGGAAUACUGCUGCUGUGGAUAUUCCCAUGUUCUCGUGAUCGCUCUCUGCUCUCGGCGUGUUAUGUUUCACAAGUACCUAAUGCUUCGGUUGGUUAUGUUCAUGCAAACGUUUACUGUCGUGCUUUGCUAUCAGCUCAGUGUUACUCGUGUGUAAAUGCUCAUACCCGUGAAUGUGUGAGAAGAGGUUUAAGCGGUUACUAUUAAAACAAAAAAGAAAGCAGAAUCUACUAGUUGGCUGAAUAUGUGCAGUCAAAUCUGAUGAUUAAUGUCUUGUUAAUGUUUGACGGCGAAAAGCCCUAAAUAGAGCCA